CGGGCCCCCAGGCGGGGCGGCGGGCACCGAGUCACCAGGCACAACAGUGGGCUCCGAGUCAACUGGGAUGACCGCUGGCACUGGGUCAGACAUUGGAUCGUCUGGCUGGACAGCGGGCAUCGGGUCACCAGGCAUCAGGUCAUUUGGCUCGACAGCGGGCACCGCGUCAUCUGGCAAGGCACGGGCACCGCGUCAUCUGGCAAGGCCGUGGGCUCCGAGUCAACUGAUAUGACCGCGGGCACUGGGUCAGACAUUGGAUCGUCUGACUGGACAGCGGGCACUGGGUCACCAGGCAUCAGGUCAUUUGGCUCGACAGCGGGCACCGCGUCAUCUGGCAAGGCAGUGGGCUCCGAGUCAACAGGCACGACAGUGAGCACCGGGGCAUCAGGUACCGGAUUGUCUGGCUCGACAGCGGGCAUCGGGUCACCAGGCAUCAGGUCAUUUGGCUUGCCAGCGGGCACCGCGUCAUCUGGCAAGGCAGUGGGCACCGGGUCACCGGGUCACCAGGUAUGACAGCGGGCUCUGAGUCAAUUGGCACGACAGCGGGCACUGGAUCAGGUACCGGAUCAUCUGGAUCAACAGCGGGCAUCGAGUCAACUGGC